UGCUGCCAAAAUAAUGAAUUCUUUUAGAGAAUCAUUAUCUUUAACAGGUUUCCAUAGUAGGCUUACCAAAAUAAUGAAUUCUUUUAGAAAAUUGUUAUUUUUAGCAGAUUCUCAUAGUUUUCAUAGAAAUUCUGAAG